GGCUCCAGCGAGCCGGAGGAGGACGCGCUGCCGCUCUCCUACGGCGAGCAGCUGGUGCUUCAGACCUACCUGCACAGCAAGCGGCGACCCUACGACAAGCAGCGACAGGAGGCCUUGGCGAAGCCCAGGAAGCCACUGGGCGAUGACGCGUCCCUCGAGCAGCAGCACCUCCAGGAUGACCGGCGGUUGGACAAGCAGGAGGUGCAGCAGAUGGUCGACAGGCUGUACAAGCCCAAGCCCAAGAGAUUUCAGAUGGACGAUGCCGAGGUGGUGCUCCUGGAGCUCCAGCAGCAGCAGAGCGCCCGGCGGAAGGACUUCGAUCUGGACGCCAUGGUUGCGCGCCUCUACGUGCCGAAGCCGCCAAAGUCGCUCGAGGUUGCAGAUGACGAGUCGACCUUCAGCAUUUCCGCCUCUCCGCCUAGGCCCCCCGACAAGGAGAGGCUCCGGUCCCUCGCCAGGCCGAAGAACCGCGGCGCGAGCGCGGAGGCGUGGGGCCUGCGGCCUGCGCAGGCGGACGAGGCUGGCGCCUCGCCCGACGACUGGGCGCUGCACGCGGGGGAGGAGGAGCUGCCGUACGCAGGCGGCGGCGGCGGCAGCCCCGGCGGCGGUUCCGCCGCGGGCCCGUCCGGGAGCAGGACCGCUCGCGCGCACGUCUCCGAACAUCGCAGCCGAGUUGAUGGGAGAUGGGCCAGGGCUGGCUUCGCGCAAGAGGGCCGCCCCAUCGGCAGCUCGAUCCUCGCAAGCGCUGGCUACGACGGCGUGACAAGGCGCCACGCAGCAGGCUCGCUCAGCGCUCGCCGGCCCGCGCCGUGGAUGCUCGACGACUCAGGCGAUCCGGCUGACGACAUGGAGCUCGAAAAUGAGGACAGGAUCGAGCAGCUUAUCGAACGUACUGCGGACAAGGUGGUGGACAAGGCCAUGAAAAAAAUGGAGGAAGUGGCCACGAAAGUUGUGAAGCAGGAGCUGGACCCCGUCAAAAAGGAGCUGGCGGAACACUCGGCAGCAAUCAAGAAGUUGCAGCAGCAAUCGGCCCUCAGUACCACUGGUCCCCCGUCUACGACUGGCAGCGCGUACUCCCGUCCGCCUGGCUCGAGGGGCGGAUCGCAGGCGUUCACACCGGGAUGCAUUGAGUUGAAAGGGUGGAUCAAAGACUGGAAUCAGCCCGACGCCACGGCCCUGCUCGACACAGAGGCGCAGACGCUGAUCGAGGCCAUCAUCGCCGGACUGGAGGGGGAGAUGAGAGACUUGAUUGACGUUGAGAGGUCCGUCAAAUCGGCUCAGGCGCACACCUUCCACAAGAAACUCCAGGUACACUUGAAGAUCAGGCACAAGGACGACGCAUGGCGUCUCAGGAAAGCGGUCGCCGACUUCAUCGCGAGGGGCAUCCCGAACUUCCAGAACACGACCAUCAAUGUGACCGUGGAAGGGCCGCCGGACCAGCGGCCACUCUACCGGGCGGCCGCCAAGUUCUACGAGCAGCUGGAGGCGAAGCGCAUCGAUACCAAGCAGGUGAAGAUGGAGUACUACAAGUCGUUUGGCCGCCACCCGGCCAAGCUUUCCGUGGUCGCCAAGCUCCCCAACAUGCGCCCCGACACAGUGGCGGAGUACACGGAGGGAGACGGCUGGACCAUCCGGGAGGCUGUCUGGACCCACUUCAACGGUGGCACCGUGCAGGAGCUCUACUCUGCACUCUCGGCCGUGCGGAGUCACAGGGACGUGGAGGUGGAGGAGGUACAACCGCAGACGGUGCAGGCUCUGUCAGUACUGUUCGUGGCCAGUCGCGAGACGCUCUGGGAGACCCACCCCUCGGUCAAGCGGUUCGGGAAGACUGACGAGGCGGAGCAUGAUUUCCGGGAGUCUGUGGAGACCGAGCUCCUUGGACAGUUGCAUUCCGACCAGCCUUUGCACAAGAAACUCGAGGCUUGCAGCGACACCGUGACUCGGCUGGCGAGCACAAUCGGCAACACUACGCUCAACCAGCGGCGCCGUCAGUGCCAGGUCAAACCGGAUGCCGUGCGGAAGCUGGAACAGGAAGCUGCCCUGGCGACGAGCCCGGAGACAAAGAAAGACGUUGGGAGCAGGUUGAAACGGGCUCAGCGGGAGUGGCGAAGAGCACGCCUCCGAGCCAUGCACCCCGCAGGCCGGCCCACAGUGUACGACACCAUCGCGACGUUCGGCUUCAAGGCAGAACUUGGCUUUGGUUUACGAAUCAACGGCACCUGGUACACGCACUUGUGCUGGGCCGACAACUUGGUGCUGCUGGGCCGGACGCUGGGGCAGAUCGAGAGCAUGUGGCAGCAGCUUACUGGCGCUCUGCUUCGACACGGGUUAUUUUGGAAGCCGGGAAGCAUGGAGAUCUUGAGCCCCAGCAUUCCUUCACAGAUCGACCAUGUCAGCGUGAAUCUUCCUGUGCCCGUCCUUGACGCACUCCGCCCAGAUAUGCCUGAUAAUUUUGAGGCGGCGCCAGUGCCGCGUGCAGCGGGCCCACAGCCGGCUGUGGUGGGGACGUACAACAUCCCAGUGGUGGAGUCUAUCACCCUCUUGGGCUCCAUCCUGCACCGGGAGGGGCUGACCGAGCCGAUGGUGGAGCACAGAGUGUCCAAAGCCAUGGGGGCCUACUUCUCCGAGAAAGCCUUGCACUCUCGCAUCUUGCCGCUGGAUGAAAGACUCCGCCGCUACUCCGAGCUAUUACCCCCCAUCCUGCUGUACAACAGCGAGACCUGGGCCAUCGGGAAAUCGACUGUCCAACGUCUGCGUCAAAUCGAAGGCCACUGGCUCCGGCGGAUUGUUGGUGGCCGGCGACGGCGACCAGGGGAAGGCCUCGGAGCUUAUCUUCGAGCUAUGACCCGGCACGCCCGCAAGUAUUACGCCACCCACGGGCACUUGCUCAUCGAAGAGAGGCUGCUUGCGAAAUACCACGCUGCUGCGUCGAACAUCCAUUGCGCCGGCUGCGUGCAGGAGAAGUGGUACACGGAUUGCCACCUCCACCUGGACGAGGCUGCCUGGAGAACCACCGUGCGGGUGGGGAAUGAACUUCAGAGAAAGGGCAAGUGGGUGGCACUGGUCGGCCGAGAUCGGUGGCGCCACCGCCCAGGGUGGAAGAAACGCCUUACUUGGGAAGACCUUGCGAUUGACUACUGCGAGGAGCGUUGGGGGGACAUGAACUGGCGACUUUCUGUCAAAAAUGGGCGAUGGCAUCCAGCACAGGAGCAUUUUGUCCAAUGGAGUUUACGACACUUCGGCUACGACUCGGGGUCACUUCUGGCUGCGCGGCGAGCCCGGCAGCACGCGCAGGCCCAGGGCGCCACCCGCGCCCGGCACCGCGUGACCUUUGAGCACGACGUGAAGUGGCGCCAGGACAUCGACAAAUACACGGUCACGUGCGACUUGCAAGGCGACAGCAAGGUGGCCAUCCAGUGGUUGGCGGGUGCUUGGCGCUGCACACAGGCCGGAUACCUGCGUGGCCUCGGUGUCCUACAAGUGGCACUCCACGAAGCUUGGCGGUCGCACCACAUCCAGCCAGCAGAGGUCGGAGGCUUGUGGGUGCGCCACUGCUUCCGGGAGCACAACCGGCGGGCAGACACCGUCGCAGGACUGGCCUGGAACCGCAGAGCGUGCCGCCCCCUAUCCGAAAUUCGUGAUUCUGUCUUACUGCGACUCCGGGACUCACCACCUCCCUGGCGCGUGCAGGCGGCCUUCGACGGGUCCUGGAAAGCGGGCCGCGGGGCCUGGGGCAUCGUAUUCUGGCUGCACACCGACAACGGGCCAGAAGAAAUUUGGUGCCGGGGUGGACCUGCUACAGAUGCGACCAGCGCCUUGGACGCGGAAUUGCAAGGUCGGGCGCCGGCCUGCUCGCCAACCACCGCUUUGCGGCUGCAGCUCGCCGCUGCGCCGCCGCUCUUGGGCACGCCCUCGCCCCGCUUCGCGGCCUCGCGCUGCGUCCCCCUGCUGCCUCCGCCGCUCGCGGGCGCCUGCCCGCCGUCUCGCUGCCCCGGCGCCCCAGCGAGGCUCCCCGGGCGAGGCGCAGCCGAGGCUCCCGCGGCCGCAGGGGACCCCACCCGGAGCCACCCGAGCCGCGCCUUCAAAAGGCGGGAGCCUCUGCACCUCCCGGGGAGCCUCGGCGCCACGGCCGAGGCCUUCGGCGAAGGCUCCCUCUGCGAGGCCGAGGCCCGAGCCGCGCGGGCUCCCAUGCCGCCCGCGGACGCCACGCCGCGCGUCGACGCGAAGGAUUCGACCACGAUCCGGUCGCUGAGCACGACGCCGGAGGCGACGCGCAGCGGACUGGACCCAGAGAGCGUGGCCAGGCACAAGGAGGAGCUGGCCAAGGACAUCGAGGAGCGUCUGCAGAGGGCCGUGGAGGCCCUGGACGAGAGCCUGCGAAACCAGACGGAGCAGCUCCACGCAGCCGCUGGCCAGCAGAGGACCCGGUUCCACCUCGAGACGGAUCGGCAGGUGAAGCAGAACGAGCUGAUGCUCACCCAGAAGCAUAACGAGGAGCUCAUGAGGCUGCAGCAGGCUGCCCAGGCCAAACGCGCCGAGCUCGAGCAGCGCGCCACGGAGAAGACGCUCGAGUUCCAGCAGCGCAAGGUCCACGAGGAGUUCUUGGUGCAGCAGAGGGAGAUCCAGCAGCAGCACCAGGAGCAACAGCAGAGGAUCGACGAGGAGCUGAAGAAGCUCGGGACCGCCGUGGCGUUCGACGGGCUGCCCUCCGCCAUCAUGAUGCCCCUCGCGGCCGCUGGCGCUGCCGCGCCGCCGCCCGCGCAGCCCGCCGCCGCGCCCGCUCCUGGGGCGCUGGCGCAGCCGCGCUGCGGCGCGCCCUGCUCCGGCACGGCGGUGGCGUGCCGGCCUGCAAGGCCGUCGUCGGCUCCGCGCGCGUGCAGCGGGGGCUCCUUGGCGGCUCUGGCGGCGGGGUCGCCGGUGGUCCGGCUCUCCACCGGCCCCGCAGGUGUCCCUGGCGCGCCGCUGGUGAGAACACCUCCUUGA